AUGCUUCACUCUUCCAACUUGCGAUCGUCCUUGCUUGGUCCGAACACCACCACAGACACCAACAAGGAGAACAUUACACCUCUCAUUGCUGCUAAAAAGAUACAUUCAUCAUCCACCACACAACCUCUCAAGAAGAAAAUCGCACACCAACCAUCAGAAGCUCCUCUCAAGUCAGCAAAACAAAAAUUCGAUGUUUCACAACAACAAAACAAAAGAACCUUCUCUGAAGCGCUCAAAUCUACUUCUAAUACUCAACGUAAUCAUGUACACAAUACUAUCAAUCUCUCUACUCGAUCCACAAAUAGUCCUUCCAAGAAGCACAUGAAAUUUUCUGUAUUUGAUGAUUCGAUUCAGUCAUUGACAUCUUUCAAACAGACAAAGCCACAACAACAACAGCAACAACAAUUUGAAUCAUCCAAACCCCAACAACCUUUCAGAGCACAGAGCACGUGUGUUGUUGAUUCUGCUGUCCAUAUUGACUUGGUCGAUGAAGAAACGAUUAUCGCUCCCUAUGAACAACAGAUUAAGAAAUUACAAGAAGAAAUUCAAAUAUUACAAAAUGAUCGAUCGUAUUAUCAGUUACUCUAUCGAACUCUGGCAACACAGAGUGAACAAGAUUCGAAUCAUCCUUCACGACCUUUGAAUCAGACGACCCAAGACAACCAACCUUCCGACUCGGAGUUAUCAUUAAGAAAACAAGUGUCAUCCCUCACCAAAACAGCCUCUCUCCUCCGAAAGCGUAUUUCCAUGCUGACCAUGGAGAAGCAAGCCUUGCAAGAAGAAAUGCAACUUCAUAGAGAAGGUGAAAAAGUGUUGAGAGAAUUAGUACAACAAGAAUCUGAAAAACAAUUGACUCAACUUUCAUUUGAGAUUGAGUGUUUGCAUCAAGAGAGAAAAGACAUGAUCAAGAAACAUGAAAUGGAAGUGAAACAAUUGGAAGAAAUUGGAAGAACAAAUCAAAGAACAAUAUGA